UGUUGCUGUUUUCAUGGUGCGACGCGUCUGCCUUGAAAGUGCAUCAAGAAGAAGGAGCCGUCCACUUUCAGCGUGCUGCAAGCCUCUAUUCUGAUAACGACAUCGUGCCUUGGGGAUUCGCAGAAAACCAGCUGACAUCGCGAGAGUGAUCCAAGAAUUAUAACUGAAGCUCCAUCAGAGCUCCAAGUGUGAAGAAAAGGUGAAGUCACACAGGGAAGAAGGACUUAGAGACCAUGGAGCAAAGAAUGGCCCUGCUUAAACAAGAGGAGUGUGAAGAGGAUCCUUUCCAUGCUUCGCAACAGGGUCUCUGCAUAAAGCAGGAGGAGACAGAAUUGGUGAAUGCUAACAUUGAAGAGAAACAGUUUGAGAACAAACUCCUGUUUGUUAAAGUGGAGGAUACUGAGAAAAUGUCUACUGGCUUUGAAAUACUCGGUCAUGGAAUUGUAGACACUCUCCGAAAGAACCUGUGCAAUGAGAAUCGCUUCAUGAUAGUGCGAUGUCCUUCAGUAAAACAAGAGGUGGCUGACUUUGUGUCCCUUCAGAGGACUGAGAGAUCUCUUCUGCUGCAGUCUGUCCAGGUUAAACCUGAAACCUUCAAGUCUGAUGACAAAAUGAUGAUGGAGAUGUGGUGCAGAAGAGAAGAACAAGAUCAGCCAUCAUCUGUAAGGCAGACAGGAACAGGUUUACAGGAAAAUGAGAGCUUCUCCAUAUCUCCCUUUACUAUGGAUGUUCAACAUCUGAGAAAUAUGAGAGAAAUGAUAUUCAUGGAAGAACCUAAGAAUUCAAUAUCCUCACAAUGCAAUAAAAGAUUUCAAGAGAUGCAUAGUCUUCUAAAGGACAAGGAAAUGCAUACAGAAUUCUCAGAUAUGGCCAGUGCUCAGGAACACACUCAGGUUAACACAAGAGAAAAGCCACAUCACUGUCCUGAGUGUGGCAAAGGAUUUUUGUACUCUAGGGAUCUUCAGAGACAUUCAAAAAUUCACAGUGGAGACAAACCCUAUUACUGUCUUGAAUGCAGAAAGCGAUUCUCAUGCAAAAGUGGUCUUCAAGCUCACAAGAAAAUUCACACAGGGCCAGAGAUCCACUGUUGUUCAGAAUGUGGUAAGCAAUUCUCACGUCGAAAUUGCCUUCAAAAACAUAAAACAAUUCACACAGGAGAUGGCGUGUAUUCCUGUUCAGAAUGUGGUAAACGAUUUGCGUACAGAAUGAGUCUUCAGAAUCACAUUCGACUUCAUACAGGAGAAAAGCCAUAUAGCUGCGAAGCAUGUGGCAAGCGAUUCACUGAAAAAAGUAGCCUCCAUCGACAUAUGUGGAUUCACACAGGAGAGAAGCCGUAUUGCUGUUCUGAAUGUGGAAAGCAAUUCUCACGAAGGAACAGUCUUCAGGCACACAAGAAAGUUCAUGUAGGAAAGGAAAUGCAUUGCUGUUCUCAAUGUGGUAAACAAUUUCCACAUAGAAAGAACCUUCAUAGACAUGUAAGAAUUCAUACUGGAGAGAAGCCACAUUGCUGUACUGAAUGUGGCAAACGAUUCUCAGAGAUAAGCAGCCUCCAGAAACACAUAUGGAUUCACACUGGAGAAAAGCCACAUUGCUGUUCUGAAUGUGGCAAACGGUUUUCUUCCUUUGGGGAUCUUCAGAGGCACACCAGAAUUCACACUGGAGAAAAACCAUACUGCUGUUCUAAUUGUGGUAAAUGCUUUUCACAAAUUGGCAAUCUUACAAUGCACAUGAAAAUUCACACAGGAGAAAAGCCGCAUUGCUGCUCAGAAUGUGGCAGUCGAUUCUCAGAAGUAAGUAAUCUGAAGAGGCACAUGAGAAUUCAUACAGGAGAGAAACCACAUUGCUGUUCUAUCUGCAGUAAGCAAUUUUCACAAAUAUGUAACCUUCAAGUGCACAUGAGGAUUCACACAGGAGAGAAGCCACAUCGCUGUUCAGAAUGUGGCAAAGUCUUUUCCCAUAUAAGCAGCCUUAAGAAUCAUAGAAGACUUCACACAGGAGAGAAACCACAUUCAUGCUCUGAAUGUGGGAAACAAUUCUCACGCACAAGCAAUCUUCAGGCCCACAUGAAAGUUCACACUGCACCAAACAAAAACAUUCAGGCCCUUCUAGAAGUGACACCAGCAUAACAGAACAAUGCAAGAGCAAUACUGCGCACCUGAAGUAUACCUGAAAAGGGAUGGCAUGAUUCUGCGGUGGGCUGGCGCCCUGCCCGGGUUUGUUUCCUGCCUUGCGCCCUGUGUUGGCUGGGUUUGGCUCCA